UUUUAACUUCCUCCAAUCGAAUCCUAACUUAGCACGUGGAAAAUCUGAUGAUUAUUUACAUCAGAUUUUUUAUCAUCAAAGAUUUAUAUGAAACAGCACCGUCUAUUUAAAAUCUAUUAUCUGAAUGUUAAAGUUCAAGCUUUUGCUUUAAAAAAAUCUCAGCAUUUUGGGAAACUCUUUGGUAUAUUGGCUGUUUGACAUUGAAAUUUAAGCUGUUUAUCCCUUGGCCAGAUAAUUAUACUUUUCAAGAUGAAUGAACAAGAAGCUGUUACAGAAGAGGUGCAGCAGUUUGAUAUGAAUAAAUCUAUAAAAGAUUUCUUGCAAAAUUUAAAGAAGAAAAAUAUUAAAUUCUCAAGUGAAAUAGCUAGUGAAACUAUUAAACUUCUGGAACGAGUUGUUACAAACUCUGAAUGGGAAACUGCAAAUGAUUUAAUGAAGAUUAUCAGAGAUAUUGGCAAGACAUUGACUCGGCCUUUUUAUGUCCACACUGUUGUAGGCAAUAUGGUAAAAAGAACUUUGAAGAUUAUUCGGGAUGAAUAUCUUAAUGCUGUGUAUGGUAAAAUUGAAGAUUAUGAUGUCCAAGAAUCAUUACAAAAGAUGGUUAGCGCACAAGAAGAUGAAGAAAUGGAUUAUAGUGAAAAAGUAAGUUCGUUAAAGAAAUCUAUUUCAGCAAAUCUCAGAGAAUUAAUGGAAGAAUGUGAAAGGAGUCCUGAAGUCAUUGCCAUGCAAUCGGAAGAACAUAUUCACUCUGAUGAAGUGAUAUUAACUUUUGGGUAUUCAAGGACAGUUGAGAAAUUUCUCAAGGCUGCUGCAAAACGGAUUUGUAAUGUUAUAGUUGUUCAGGGUGGAAGAAAAUUAGGAAUUUUAGAAAUGGCUAAAAGUCUCAUGGAAAGUGGUAUUAAAGUUACCCUUAUUUCAAGUGCAUGCAUGUUGCCUAUCAUGCCUCAUGUGAAUAAAGUUAUUGUUGGGGCUCAUUGUGUUAUGGGAAAUGGCGGGUUAAAAGCAGUCUGUGGUGUACACCCUCUUGCGCUUGCUGCUGAACAUCAUUCUGUUCCAUUUUAUGUUUUAGCUCCUGUAUUUAAACUAACUCCACAGUAUGUGUCUUCCUCUGAUCAAGAGGGCUUUAACCAUAAUUUACCGCCAGAAGAACUUCUUUCAUUUGAAGAUAUUGAUUUGUUUAGAGGGGUUGAAGUUGUUAAUCCUGCAUAUGACUAUGUUCCACCUGAUAAAAUUACUCUGAUUAUUUUUAAUACUGGUGGUAACUCGCCUUCUUAUGCCUACAGACCUUUGAAAGAACUGUACCAUCCUGAUGAUCAUGAGCUUUAAUUUUUGAAAGCAUUUAUUUAUCAUUAUAUUAUGAUAGAUUUAUAUUUAUAUAAUUUUUAAGGAUUUUCAGUAUGUAAAUGAUAAAUAAUUAAAAUAUUGUGUAAAAGCUGUA